AUGGCCACAACAGCAUCCUCUGGCUCCACCACGUCAUCCUCCUCGACACACUCGGCCAUCUCCACUGUCCCUGUUCUGAUCGCUGGCGGUGGCCCCGUCGGACUAUUCGAGGCCUACCUGCUCACAAAACUCGGUAUCCAAGUCCGCAUCAUCGAGCGCGAGAUGGCCAUAUCGCCUCUCUCCAAGGCCCUGGGCCUCCAAGCUCGCUCCAUGGAGAUCUUCCAAAUGGCGGGCAUUGUCGACAAGUUUCUGGAACGUGGGACUAAACUGAAGGACUUCAACAUCUACAUCGGCAACAGGAAAGCGGCCACGAUCCCGGUCAUGGGCGUAAGCGCCGCAGAUACACAAUAUGGGUUUGGCCUGUUCUUGGAGCAGGCAAAGACCUCGGAGAUCCUGGUCGAAGAGCUGGAAAAGAUGGGUGUCAAGGUCGACCAUGGAUGGGAGCUCCUGGAUACCAAGGUUGUUGAGGAGAGCGAGGAGGAAGGUAUUCAGGAGGCAAGUGUUGGAGAGAAAAGGAGUCACAAGCAGGCGUACGUCGAGACGAUCAUCCGGAGGGCACUCUCUGGCGAUAACACCACUGUGGAUGAGAAGAAGGUGCUGGGGGAUGUGGACCUGCUGACGGAGCAGACUGACAAGGUAUACGAGACGCAGGUGAUUAGGUCAGAGUACCUGGUCGCUGCUGAUGGAGGGCGCUCGACCGUGCGACACAAGCUCAACAUCGGGUUCCCAGGACGCACCUUGACACAUAAAACGCUCAUGUGGGACGGGAAGUACGAGAGCGACAUGGAUUUUAGUGGUGUCACGCUGGUUCACGGAGUCGACAGGAAAAACGUCAUUGCCUUCCCACUCACGAAUGGCAGCAUCCGUAUGGGCGUCGAGGGUGGAAGCGUCGAACCUGGGGAGGAUCUGGCCAAGACAGCACAGGAUCUCACAGUCGAAAGAUUCGAGGAGCUCGUCUCUACACGCAUCGCCCCUGCAAAGUUCAAGAUCACGGAAACAGAUUGGCUGACGGUCUUCAAGAUCAACGAACGUCGCGCAGAGCACUUCGUCUACAAGAACCGUAUCUUCCUAGCGGGUGAUGCCGCACAUGUGCACUCACCCGCUGGCGGCCAGGGUCUGAACACCGGAUUGCAGGAUGCGCACAACUUGGCCUGGAAGCUCGCGUUUGUCUUGAAUAAGGUGGCUCCACCUUCACUGCUGCAGACGUAUGAGGAGCGAGAACCCAUGGCUGACAGGGCCAUUGAACUUUCAUCCAUGAUCCUGAACCGGAACCGGAACUUGGGUUUUAUGUCGAUGAUGAAGAGAAGAGUCUUUUAUUUCUUGUCGCCGUUGAUCUUUUCAGUAAUGAAGACGUUUUCUUUUGCGUCAGAGGUUAGCAUGUUGCAAGUGCGAUAUCAACCGAACGCACUCAACAAGAAUCAUGCAACGCAACCAGUUCUUUCUGAGAAGUUCCAGGUCGGCGUCCGUGCCUAUGAUUGCACCCUCCAUUCCGCUCAGUCAGCAUCCAGCAGUAUCAAGGACUCGACUCAGAUUCGACUUCACGAACUAACGAUCGGUAUCGGUCGCUUCCAUAUCCUGGUCUUCACUUCCGAUAUGCUAGCCGUCAAGGAUACGAGCGCCAUCAAUGGAAUUGAGAGGACCCAUGCCAAGGAACUCGAGAAUAAUAUCAACAACUACGUCCGCCGAUGGCGAUCCAAAUGGUCGUUCAACUCGAGUAUGACGGAUGGGUACCAGGACAAGGAUCUGUUCAAGGUUCAUAUCAUUGCCGGAUCGGCGACCGCAGCGGAUGAGGAGGACGAGGACAGUAGUAGUCUCGAUACGUUGAUCAAGAAGAACGCGGGUGAUGGAAAGAUCUUCUUGGAUGACACGAAGGUGGGGCAUCAGAGAUACGGAUUCUUGUGGAACAAGGGACCGGGAGGAAUUGUGGUUGUUCGACCAGAUUCCCAUAUUGGAUACCGCGUCAAUGGGGCUGGGGAGGACGCAUGGAAGGAUGUGGAUGAAUUCUUUUCGUCCAUCUUGGCCUUGUAA